AUGGCGCUCAAUGCUGCCUCGCACAAUGUCGCCGGCGAGAAGACUGGCCCCACCACCGUUGCUCCUCCUGCCGUUAGCGACGAGAGCAAGAAGGAGCUCCUUGAGGCCGCCAAUGCAGACAGCACCGGCCAGUCUGCGCCCGGACGCGAGAACGAGAAGGGCGUAGAGAAGAAGGAGAAGACAGCAAAGGAGCUCGAGAAGGAGCGAAAGAAGGCUGAGAAGGACGCCAAGUUCAAGGCGAAGAAGGCUGCUCAGGCUGGGCCCGCUGCUACGAAGGAGGGUGGUUCUAAGAAAGAGAAGAAGAAGGCCAAAGAGGAGGAACAGCUGCCCGAGUACAAGGAGGAGACACCCAAGGGCGAGAAGAAGCGCCUGAGAAGCCUUGAUGACCCACACACAAAGGCCUACGUGCCAAAGGUUGUUGAGUCAGCGUGGUACGACUGGUGGGAGAAGGAGGGCUUCUUCAAGCCUGAGCUCCAGGCCGACGGCACUGUCAAGAGCGCCGGCAACUUCGUCAUCCCCAUUCCUCCUCCCAACGUUACCGGCAAGCUCCACUGCGGACACGCCCUCGCCACAUCACUACAGGAUGUCCUGAUCAGAUGGCAUCGUAUGCGCGGCUUCACCACCCUCUAUCUGCCUGGUUGCGAUCAUGCAGGUAUCGCCACGCAGAGCGUUGUCGAGAAGAUGCUUUGGAGGCGCGAGAAGAAGACGAGGUACGACCUCGGUCGCCAGAAGUUCUUGGAGCGCACACACGAGUGGAAGGAAGAGUACCACCAGCAUCUCACACACACCCUGAAGCGCAUGGGUGGUUCGUUCGACUGGACUCGCGAGGCUUUUACAAUGGACAACAACCUGUCUGCAGCCGUGACAGACAGUUUCGUCAAGAUGCACGAGGAUGGUCUCAUUUACAGGUCGAACAGGCUUGUCAACUGGUGCACACAACUCAACACGGCGCUGUCAGCCCUUGAGGUUGACAACAAGGACCUUACAGGCAGGACCGUGCUCACUGUCCCUGGCUACGAGCGCAAGGUCGAGUUCGGUGUCCUGACGCACUUCAAGUAUCAGAUCGAGGGCAGCGAUCAGACCAUCGAGGUCGCUACAACUCGUGUUGAGACAAUGCUUGGUGAUUCCGGUAUCGCCGUCCACCCCAAGGACGAGCGUUACAAGCACUUGGUUGGCAAGAAAGCCAAGCACCCCUUCAUCGACCGUCUUCUGCCUAUUGUCGCCGACGAAUACGUUGACCCUGAGUUCGGUACUGGUGCCGUCAAGCUGACACCCGCGCACGAUCCCAACGAUUUCAACCUCGGAAAGAAGCACAACCUCGAGUUCAUUAACAUCCUCAACGAUAACGGUACUCUGAACAAGAACGCCGGCAAGUUCGAGGGCCAGAAGCGAUUCGAUGCCCGUUACACCGUUGUUACGGCGCUCGAGGAGGCUGGGCUUUUCGUCAAGAAGGUCGACAAUCCGAUGAAGGUGCCUAUCUGUUCAAGAUCUGGAGAUGUCAUCGAGCCAAUCAUGAAGCCGCAGUGGUGGAUGAAGAUGGACGAAAUGGCCAAGCCAGCGAUUGAGGCUGUCCGAAACGGCGACAUCAAGAUCCGUCCGGCGAGCUCGGAGAAGACAUACAUGCACUGGAUGAACAACAUUCAGGACUGGUGUUUGUCGCGUCAGCUCUGGUGGGGUCACCAGAUUCCUGCUUACUACGUCAAUAUCGAGGGCGGCGAGGGUGACCGUACCGAUAACGAGCUCUGGGUCACCGGUCGCACAGAAGAGGAGGCAAACAAGAAGGCUGCGGAGAAGUUUCAGGGCAAGAAGUUCACGCUUGAGCGUGAUGAGGACGUACUCGACACAUGGUACUCUUCCGGUCUCUGGCCCUUCAGCACGCUCGGCUGGCCUAAUGAGGACUCCGUCGACCUCAAGAACCUCUUCCCCACAUCCGUCCUUGAGACUGGUUGGGACAUUCUGUUCUUCUGGGUUGCUCGCAUGAUCAUGCUUUCGCUCCGCCUGACAGGAAAGGUUCCCUUCAAGGAGGUCUACUGUCACUCGCUGAUCCGUGACUCCGAAGGCAGGAAGAUGUCAAAGUCUCUUGGAAACGUCAUCGACCCUAUCGACAUCAUGGACGGUAUUACCCUUGAGAAGCUCCACCAGCAGCUGACUAUGGGUAAUUUGGACCCCAAGGAAUUGAAGACCGCCGAGAAGUACCAGAAGACUUCGUUCCCACAGGGUAUCCCCGAGUGCGGUGCGGAUGCUCUGCGCAUGGCCCUUGUUGGAUACACAACUGGUGGUGGCGACAUUUCGUUCGACGUCUCUGUCAUUCACGGAUACAGGAGGUUCUGUAACAAGAUCUACCAGGCUACCAAGUACGUUCUUGGUCGUCUGGGCGACUUCCAGCCUCGUGCGCAGAUCGAGAAGGGUGGCAACGAGUCGCUCCCUGAGCGCUGGAUUCUGCACAAGCUCACCACUUCUGCUAAGAAGAUCAACGCUCAUCUCGAGGCGCGCGAGUUCUCGCUUGCUACACAGGUUGCUUACAGGUACUUCUACGAGUUUCUGUGCGACACUUACAUCGAGAACAGCAAGGCUAUCUUCGACGACGGCAGCGAGGCCGAGAAGGAGAGUGCCAAGCAGACCCUUUACACAGCCAUUGAGGGCGGUCUGACCAUGAUCCACCCCUUCAUGCCUUUCCUUACCGAAGAGCUGUGGCAGCGUCUGCCCCGCAGGCAAGGCGACAAGACCCCAUCCAUCACUGUCGCCUCCUUCCCACAAUACAACGAGUCCUUCAACGACGAGAGCGCCGAGGCCGAGUACGAACUCCUCGUUGACGUAUCAAGAGCCCUGCGUUCCCUCACCGCCGAGUACGGCUUCAAGGACAACGGUAAGACUUACAUCCAGCCUCUCGACGACAUCACACACAAGUCACUCCAGGCCACCACAUCCCUGCCCUCCAUCCGCUCGCUGGCUGGCAAAACCGUCUCCGAGAUCACCAUCCUCACUCCCUCGGACCCACUCCCUACCGGCUGCGCUGUGUAUACCGUCGGCUCGUCUGCGACAGCGUUCCUGGACGUCAAAGGCCAUAUUGAGGUCGACAAGGAGAUCACCAAGGCGCAGGAUAGACUCAAAAAGGCGAACGAGACGAUCGAGAAGCAGAAGAAGAUCAUGGAUGACGAUUGGGAGGAGAAGGUCUCUGAUGUUGUUAAGGAGCAGGAGAAGGAGAAGCUUAGGGCGGCGGAGAUUGAGGGCAAGAAUUGGCAGGCUAGUAUUGAGCAGUUUGAGAAGCUCAAGCUGUCUGAGUAG